UGUUAUAAACUACAAGUGGAAACCAACAAUUAAAGGCCCUGUACUAUUUCCACACACUAACACCAUCACAUUUGUGAGUAAUUAUGUUGUGAAGCUGUGUUUAGUGAGCUAACUGCUAGCACACAGCUAACCGGACACGUGUUGUGUAGCGUUAGCUUCAGACCUGCUAGCUUGACAGUAGCUCUCUUCUCCAUAAGGAAGUUUAUCUCUACGGUUCACCACCAACUUCUUUACACUUGGGGGCCUUCAACCAUCUUCAAGACAUCUGGAGGAGUUGAAGCCCAGCAGAGACUACAGAGUAGCUGGAUACCCAUUGACACUGUGUGGGGAGGAUGUCUUCACCAAUAUACUACAACCAAGACAGUGUUACUCGCUUCAAGAAAAGAAAAGCUCGCUUCUCCUUCAGUGAAGUCCACAUACUGUUGGAUGAAGUGAGGAAGCAUCGUAUGGUUGUUGUGGGCAAAUUCAACCGUGGUGUGCAAACAGACGUGAAGAAGCGCACAUGGGCAGAGAUUACCGCACGUGUCAAUGAGAUUGGGGAGUGCCAACGUGAGGUCAUCGAGGUCAUCAAGAAAUGGUCCGAUCUAAAGUGCGACACCAAGCGGAAAGUGGCUGCCAUGCGGUCGGGGACGGUGCCCCACAGGGGCCUCAACUCUCGUCUCUCUCGAGACCUUAAUCAGACUGAGAAAAUAGUGCUGCAGAUCCUGGAGAUGGACGAGGAAGACCACAGCACGGCUGACUUUGGCCCCCUGGGAGAUGACGAUGAUGUACCAGAGGAGGAAGAAGAAAUGGAUGAGGAGGAUAUGAUGGGAAUGCAGAGUUCUCCUAAUGGUGGGUUGGAUAUGGCGUCUAUGCCCCCACCGACCUCCUACACCAUGAGAGAGACUUCACAACCUUCUUUUGACGUCCAGUACGAGGUACCUGCAACAGACGAUCCUGAACCUACAUUUGGAGACUCAGACGACGACCAAAGGGAUGAAGUGCUUCCUUCCACUCGCGCUGCAAAACCGACCGAGGAUCACCAAGGAAACAACGGCAUCCAGAAACAAGGACAACCUCAGACGUCCUCCGGACUGUCGACUUCAUCGGCCACGCUUCCAUUGCCAGGUCAGCCCUCGCAGAACACGAGAGACAACAUGCUACAUAAUGCAUCGCUGAGCCUUCAAGAACAGCACGCCACCAACAUCCUGUUGGAGACGGUCUCACGCUCCCUAGAGCUUCUGUCUGAGUCGGUGCAGCAGCUGGCAGAGACUCAGCAGGAGUUUGUGCGCGAGUCGCUGCAGCUCCAGCGGGAGACGGUACAGGUUCUCAGAGACUUCACAGGUGGAGCCAUCGCGCUUAUGCAUGACAAACUGAAUGGACGGCCAGCGUUAUAGCGACAGAGUGUCAGACAGAGAUGUUGUUAAGUUGUAUCACUGACUACAUACAUGGCCUUCAGGUGCAGGAACCUUUAAGUUCCUCUGGACUCCACUGCUGGUUACUGUACUUUUUGAUAGUACUCACCAGAUUUUCUGUUGUUAUAUUUUAAAACUGUAUUCGUAGAAACGUAUCGAUGGAUUUGCUGUCUGUGAGGUUACAUGAAAAUGGAUUGAGAAAAUAACUGAUUUUAGCCAUAAAGAAAGAACAUGUGGAGGUUUUUUUUUUUCUUCUUCUUUUUUUUCUACUGAAAGUGAGACUCCUACCACUUUAUGUUGUAAAGCAUAUUUUAUUAAGCAAACACCACAUUUAAAGCCUUUACAUUCUUUUAAUGUUGACAUGCAAAGAAUGAGUCUUUUGAUUUUGAAGUCAGUCGAAUCCAUUGUGUGUCCUUGUACAGUAUAAGUUGUAGUUGCAUCAGUGUCUGGAGAUUAUCACAUGUACUGUAAUGGUGAGUGGAUUUCCACACCUGACCAUUAUAUGGUCUAUAUGUCUGAGAGCUAAAUAAGGUGUGUUAGAUAUUUUGAAAAUACCUGUAACUGAAUAAGUUGUGAUGGUCUGAUUUUGUUUUUUACAUUGCAAACAUGAACACUUGAAUAUGAAAGUUUCAAUAAUUUCUUUUGAAUAUGAAAUAAACCCCUCAUGUAUUUAAACAGAA